CGUCUCGCCCCAGCAAUGGCGGCUGUCCCUGAGUCGUCCUCGCGGCCUCCUCCGCCCGCGAUGGCGCCUCGGGCACCGCGGGGGAAACGCGGAUCGACAUCGCUCCAGCACGAUACAGUUGUGUCCGCGGAAGUGGAACGAGAGCAGGACGCAGAUGACGCCGUGCAGCCCAGCACUGCCCUCCCCCUGCAGCUCUGUGAUCACCUUCAGCUCCAUCCUCUGCAUCUCCAUCUUGGUGGCGUCGGUGGCAUCGGUGGUGGCAGCGGAGGUGCUGGAGGUGAUGGCCGUGGUGGCGGUGGCAAUGGUGGUGAUGGUGGCAGCGGAGGUGGCGGUGGCGGCAGCGGUAAUGGCGGUGGCGCCAGCGGUGGUGGGGCGGAGGUGGCAGCGUUGGUGGUGGUGAUGGUAGUAGUCCUGGCGAGGCACCGCUCUUCCUCCAUGAGGCGCUUCUCCUCCUCGACGCUCUUCACGUUGGCGAGACACUUCUCCUCCACCAGACGCUUCUCUUCCGUGAAGCACUUCACUUUAACGAGGCGCUUCUUGAGGAAAUAGUCUCUGAAGCAGUUCUCCUCUGUGCGGCGCUUCACCCUGGCAAGGCGCUGCACCUCAAAGAGGUGCUCCUCUACCAUGUGGCGUUUCUCUGUCGCAUGGUCCUUCUCCUCCUGGAGAUGCUUCACCCCGCUGAGAUCCUUCAACUCCCCAAUUAUCCUCUGUUCAAGCAAAGAUAAUCACAUGAAUAUACAGACAUGCAAGCAGAAAUUCAUUUAAGUUUUUCAGAUUCAUUUAUUUGGUAUAACCCUGUGAGCUAUGUUGCUCUUGACUCGGGUGCAACCGCAACAAACAAAAACAUGAUCAAGGAAUAUCUUAAAG